UGGUUAAAAAGCGUGUAACUUGUUGAUGGCGCCCAUUUGUAAAAGGCAAGGCCAUGGCAUAAAAAGCAUUGAAUGAUGUUUUAUUGAGAUUAUAAAAACGAUACAAAUUUGAUUGGAUAAUUUUUGGUGACGCCAAAUUUUGAUAGCAUUUCCUGGGGUAACUGCGCUCAGAGUAAAUCUAUAAUAAAAUUGGCAACUGGCACAAAUUUGAUAAUCAAUAAAAUCCCAGCAACUAUAAAGCCUGCAAUUAUGAAGCGUAGCAGCACAUCCUCAAUUGAAACUGCAUAUAAAUCGCCCAAAUAUUCAUUGCAAACUAUUGCUAGCGCGGGCACGCCACUCACCAGCUUUCAAUGGCAGCAGACUAUUGGUGGUCCCGGGGGUACAACUAUUACAACUACACCAAGUAAAAAGCAGCAAAUUGGCGCUGCCAUUAGCUCGCUGCCGCCCAAUACAAUUAUACAGGCGACCGGCGGUGGCUCAUCAUCGCAUAGCAAUAAUGUCCAAACCAAUGGUGGCAUUGGUUCCACCAUUACAUCGGCUAGUAAUGCAACCACAUUUAAUGCGGUCACUUCGCAAGGCACAACCUUGCAGGUGCGUCGUCCCACUUUUGUUAUAAAACGGGAGCUACCCAAACGCACUAUACGCUGUGUAACGCUUGAAUUGAUUGAAAAAAAUCCAUAUGUACACUUGGGUGUGCUUUCUAAUCGUUUGCCAUUGCUGAAGAAUGUUAUCUGUACUACGGCUGAUGUGCCACUACUCGAUUGUUAUGUCACUCUUAAGAAGCUACGUCAAAAUGAGGAAUUCGCUUUACUAUCCGAAUAUUUUGAGCUAAGCGAAACUGAAGCUCAGCAGAUUUUUGCACGCACCAUUGUUAAGUUGGCUCGCUAUCUGCGUUAUUUGGUGCGUUGGCCCAACAGCAAAAAAUACUAUGAUCGUCAUAAAAAUUUGCCUUUUGCAUUUCGUCCAAAUUUAUCGCAUGUACAGUCGUUGAUAGAAUGCGUUGAGACGGAUAUCCAGCAGCAAAUUCAAAAUGAUUGUAGCAAUUACAAAUUUAUUCUAAGCAUUACGCCAAAUGGCAUUAUUUCAUACAUUUCCGAUGCUUUCGUCGGUCAUCAUGAUGAUUUGACUAUAUUCACUGCAUCAAAUUUUCAAAAUGUCAUACCGAAAUACCUUUCAUUGGUCGCCGAUCCCGGCAAAGGUAUCCGCCGCAAGCGAAAAAUGAAGCCCGUAUCGACAAACACCAACAACUCUUUGCAAUCGACUAGCAAUGCUGAAACCGAUUCUACAACCGAUUCAGCAGAUGAGUCAGCAGAAGAUAUAGAAAUAGAUGACGAUGAUGAUGGGCAAACACUCAGCCGAUAUGCCGCAUCGCGCGUGGCCGCUGAGUUGGCCUCCCACCAGACAAUGAGCAUUGUAAAUAGCGAAUUGACUUCGCGUAAGGUAAAAGACUUCACAAUUCCCACGAUGCGGGUGCGUGAGCCGGUAUGUCGUCUGCAAAUACGACACAUGAUCUACUGUCUGAGAGAAUUCAAAAUGCUGCAGCCAUAUGCCAUACAGGAGCCAAUUAUAUUUCAAUAUCUCAAUGAGGUAUUAACCGUAGCAGCUGCACUCACAAAUCUUCAGAGAUAGAAGUAUGGCGAGAAAAUGAUUUGAGCAUAGUUAGAAUAUCGGUUAAACAAGAAAGAAAAGAACGAACGAAAUAAAUGACAGGCGUCUGCAGGUGAAAGUUUACUGCAACGCUUCUGAA